GCGUGUCUUCAUCCGUCACCGGGACACACUCUGACUGACUUCACGUCCAUGCCGCGCAGGACGGGGAAUAACUUCUGCAAGGAGAACCUCGUAGAACCUUGCAGAACCUGCAGCGAGCGAGGCUGUGACCCACUCUCCCAGCCGGCACUCCGUCAGCACAGCUCCGACUCAUUGAGGACUUGUUGAGCAAAAGUUGGCCAUGGUGACUUUACUGGACGUCUUUGCCUUCUGAGUCCACCUCAAAAGUGUCCCAGCUUGGACCAGUACUUCCAACCAGAACCCCAGCACCCCCCACUCCAGACGUCCCCAGGAGAGCGCACAAGUCAACAGGUGACAUUAAUGAAGUUUGCAGUCAUCCAAAAGUGAGAGGACGGCGUUGGAGUUGUUCGAGUGUCUUCAUUAAUGAUGUCUUCCAUGAGAGCGUCGCCUCCCUUUCAUGGGGAAGCGGAGGGGCUCGGCCACAACAAAAACGACGACAACAACGCUGCCUGGGUUGACGACGAGGGUCCCAAGGAGACCACGUUACCCUCGCCUCUUGACCAGCCCCGCCCGGGCGAGCUACAACCAAUCAGAGAGAAGCGAGUGGGUGUGGACUCGUGGGAGAGCGUUGGAUCUUCUGUCAUGGACGACGACAGCGCUAAAGGCUGCUCCGUCUACUCUUACCGAGCCAACUCCACUUCCCCGCCCAAGGCGGAAGAGUGUUCCCGAGAUCGUGGUGAGCAGACGGCGGUGGGCAUUGCCUUCGGCACACCGGAACGCCGCAAAGGAAGCCUGGCGGACGUGGUGGACACGCUGAAACAGAAGAAGCUGGUGGAGAUGACCAAGACAGAGCAAGACGAACCGUCCUGCAUGGAGAGACUCCUCUCCAAGGAAUGGAAGGAACGAGUCGAUCGCCUGAACGCCACUGAGCUUCUAGGCGAGGUCAAAGGCACGACAGAGUCCCUGGAGGAGAAGGAGCAACAACUUUCCACCAUGAUCGGCCAGCUGAUCAGCCUGAGGGAGCAACUCCUUUCUGCCCACGACGAGCAAAAGAAGAUGGCCGCCUCACAGCUAGAGAAGCAAAGGCAACAGAUGGAGCUUGCCAGGCAGCAGCAAGACCAGAUUGCCAGACAGCAGCAGCAGCUACUGCAGCAACAACACAAGAUCAACAUUCUCCAACAACAGAUCCAGGUCCAAGGUCACAUGCCCCCCCUCAUGAUCCCCGUGUUUCCUCAAGACCAGAGAUCUUUGGCGGCUGCCGCUGCCGCACAGCAAGGUUUCCUCUUCCCACCGGGCAUGUCUUACAAACCAGGUGACAGCUACCCCAUGCAGUUCAUUCCUUCAACAAUGGCAGCCGCAGCGGCGUCUGGACUGAGUCCUCUUCAACUACAGCAGUUGUAUGCUGCCCAGCUGGCAAGCAUGCAGAUCUCACCGGGGGCCAAGAUGGCUCCCCUCCCACCGGGGCCCAACGCCUCCGGCCCCCUGUCACCCUCCACCCUGAAGAGCGAGAAGAGAGCCUCCAGUCCUGUCGCUCAAGUCAAGGAAGAAGGAUCCACACAGCCUCUCAACCUCUCAGCCCGACCCAAGACAGGAGAGCCUCUUCGGUCACCGACAUCACCAACUCAGACGUUGUUCUCCGGCAACAAGACCAGCCCCACUAGUGUAGGCAAGGCCCGCAUCCCCAGUCCGGUCUCCUCUAUGGGCCGGAACGCAUCCCUGGACAUCCUGUCCAGCCUGAACUCCACGGCUCUUUUCGGGGACCAGGACGCAGUGAUGAAGGCCAUCCAGGAGGCCAGGAACAUGAGGGAGCAGAUCCAUAGAGAGCAGCUCCACCAGCAGCAGCAGCAGCCUCAUCAUCAUCAUCCCCCUCCUCCUCUAGCCCCUCCUGGUCACCAAAACCUGGAGGUCAAACUGUCGGCGCUGAGCAGCAUGAGCCUCAACAAUGGCAACAAGGAGCGUCUGCACUACGAAACGUUGAGUCACCACCUGGGCAAGCUGGGCGAGGAUGCUGGGAAGAUGGUUCAUCGAGUCAUUGACCUCACCAGACCAGAAGAUCUGGAUGGAAGUAACAUCACGGAAGCGCGAGUGUUCCGGGAGGCGCGAGGCAGGAACAACAGCGAGCCGCACAUCAAGAGGCCCAUGAACGCCUUCAUGGUGUGGGCUAAAGACGAGAGGAGGAAAAUCCUGCAGACUUUCCCUGACAUGCACAACUCCAACAUCAGCAAGAUUCUAGGUUCUCGCUGGAAAGCCAUGACCAACCAGGAGAAGCAGCCGUAUUACGAGGAGCAGGCCCGCCUCAGCAAAAUCCACUUGGAGAAGUACCCCAACUACAAGUACAAGCCACGGCCCAAGAGGACCUGCAUCAUUGACGGCAAGAAGCUGCGCAUCGGCGAGUAUAAGCAAAUGAUGCGCUCGCGACGCCAGGAGAUGAGGCAGUUCUUUGUUGGGCCUCAGACUCCCAUUCCCCUUGGCAACAGCGCGGGUGCCAUGGGUGUCUACCCAGGCGCCAUUACCAUGGGAACGACAGCCACACCCUCGCCCCACCUGACCUCAGACUGCUCCAGCAACUCAGCCAGUCCCGAGCCGGCUGUGCCCGUCAUCCAGAGCGCGUACGGCGUCGUCAAGGCUGAGCCCGGCGGCGGCAACGAUGGUGCCAACGGAGAUGACGACAAUGACAUGUACGAGGACUUUGAGGACGAGCCCAAGUCGGACUAUAGCAGCGAGCACGAGACGCAGGAGGACAUCAGCGCCAACUGAGUGAGCUCACAGAGACAAAACGUCUUCAUCAGCGGACAGACGGCUGACAAUGACCUUUGACAAUCCCAGCCAGAGGAGCUGGUCACAUGACGCCGUGCUUGCUUCGUCUUCAAUAUUUAAGGAGUCAGCUACUUUUUAAUAUCUCCAUGUUUUUACUUCUCAUCGUUGAUUUUCUGCCGCCUGUAUAAACUCUGGACUGGCACAACUUGAAAUGACUUUGGAAGUUUGAAUAUCAGUUCUUCGAGUCUUACAUUCAUUUCUCAACAAACGACGGUGGCCCACAUGGGGGCAAACGUGCGGCGGCGACCAAACGCUCAUAACAUGCAAAAGACCCCAUAAAAAUCACGCAAUCACAACACUGUAAGAUGAAAAACAAAAACGAAAGAAAAAUGCUGCAAAUGCCAAAACACACACAAACUCCAACAACUGCAAGACCAGCCCUAAGGGAAAAGUUUUUACAGAUGUGAGUGGCAUGCCCAGAAGAAAGCUGGUGGAAUGGAGAGGUACAUUUUUAUUGAUGUCUUUGUUAAACUCUUGCUGUAUAAUACUGUAAAAUAAUCAUUCUUAUGUCUUUAAAGACGGAUAUCCCUUAGUGCUGAUGAGUCUGGUGAGCUAAGUUUUGUUACAUUCAGCAUUUCUCUCAUGAAAUUGUUUCAGGAUUUGCAGAUGUUUUGGGCAUUUGCAGCAUUUUUAUUUGGCAUUUGUUUCUGAUCCUGUAGCGUUUGUAGGAUUGCAGCGUUUUUCAAUCGUUUUAUGGUGUUUGUGUGGUUUUGGAUCAUUUGGAGCAUUGCCGCAUGCCACCGUAACAAACAGUGCAUCAAAUGUUUUGUUUUCUUGGACAAACUGCUUACAUGACAUUACUGUUGUUGUUUUGUUUUAUAUAUUAUAUAUAUAUAUAUCCCAGCUCAGGUAUGAUGUGCCAGCUUGUGAAUGUUUUUGUUUGUUUGGUACAAAAAGUGAGACGCAGGAUGAGCCAAAAUCCCUUCUAAGGCAACAUUAGGACGAUUCUUUUUCUGCUUACACUACUCACAAAAAGUUGGGGAUACGAUUUGAGGAUAAAGAUGGCAUUGAUUUUAAUUGGGGAUGAGACAGUAAAAACAGACAGUAAAAUUGCAAUUCAAAUUGAAAUUGAAGACAGUAAUAUAAGAAUUCCAUGAAAUCCGGAUUGAUCAUUUUGGUGUACAGUCGUCCGUCGCUACAUCACGGUUUCGAACAUCACACGUCUUGACAGACAAGUUAUCUGUAGUAUUGUGGACACUAGGAGUCGGUAAUGUUACAUGGAUGAGACAUUACGUUACCUUAACACUGCAUGUAGUCAGCUUUGGCACGUCCAACACGAUGGAGUGAAAAAAGCUCUUCUCGUGGAAAGGUUUUGGCUUCUUUCUUUGUCCUUCUUCCCCACUCUGCAGUUUAAAAUGAAUAAAUUGCCGUUUAACUCAUUAGCUCAGUAGCUUCCAUGCGAGAAGCAGCCAUCUCUGAUGUACCUGCAGUGAUCCCAUAUCCUGCACAAUGUGGUAUAAACAGAGAAUAACGGCAGUGUAAAGAUGACUAUAGGGGUGUUAGUUCAUGUCUGCAGGGCUCCUUUACAGGAGGGAUUCUCAACUGGUGGGUUUUUGACCAGUCAAAAUAAUAAUAAUAAUAAUAAUAAUAAUAUAAUGACCAUGUCCAUUGUCCAUGAAUGCACCUCAGGUUCUUUUUGCUUGCUAAGCCGCCAUGAGCGGCAUCUUAAAUAUAGAAUAUUUGAGAUGUUUUCAUUUCACUGCAUGUCGUUGAGCGUGAAAGCAUCUUCUGUGAAAUCUGAAAAUAUUGCAAAAUACUUAAUUUAAUAGAAUGCUUAACUUUAUUCAAGUACAGUGGAACCUCGGAUGGUGUCAUUAAGUCGUUCCAGAAGGUCUGACUCUCAUCGAUUCAAUUGUUCCAUAAGAAAUCCAAUUAGCCAAAACACAUUUCUUUGGUUUUAUAGUUAUAGUUAUAGCAACUAUAGUCUUGGAUGCAUAUACUGUAAAUGAUAACUGAGAGGGAUAAAUGAACAUUUAAGGUGACUUUUACCUUAAUUGAAGACAUGAGACAAAAACAAUGUGGCAGAGAGAUCAACAUGGACACAACCUUUGUGUCUUGCUGUGAGUUAUUUCUUGAAUUCAGUUGUUUCUCAGCUCAAAUUUAUGCUUUUCUUUUCAUUAUAGCGGCAAAAUAUCCCACAAUGGAGCCAAAGAAAGUUGCAAGUGCCAAAAUUUUGAUAAAGUGAAAAACACUAUGCACACAAAGGUGGUGUCCGUGUUGAUUACAAUUGCAUCAAUUACAUCUUCAGUGAAGGUCAAUGACCGUAAAGGUUCCCCCAAAUGUUACAAUUACCCUUUAUUUUGUCAUUUAUAUGCAUUUAGAAUUGUUUUAUGCAUGUUAAAAUCAUAAAAAUGUGUUUUGAUGACAACAUUUUGGAGUCAACUGCUGACACAUCGUAGACGGUUCCUGUUUCCACAUGUUAGCAAGCUAAUGACAGUUUUGUGACUAAAAGAAAUACAUAAACAACACAGUUGGACUCAUGCAGUGUUAAUUACACAACAAAACAUGUGAUACAGUGUAGGAUAAAUGGGAAAUGUAAACAAACCAGGGCAAAACUUGGCGUAAAUGUUCGACAUACAGUAUGCUAGCCGAGGUUUCACUGUUUCACUGAGGGAAUUUGUGUUUCAUUUUAGGAAUUCUCUGAAUUGCAAAGAAAAGGAUACCAAUUCCUGUAAUUCCAAUUCAACAUCCUGCGGGGUGGAGCCUUUUGUGAGUAGUGUGCUAUCAUUAUUAUUAUUAUUAUUAUUAUUAUGACACAAAAUGUGCCAAACGUGCAUUCACAUGGAGUGGGGAUGUCGUAGUCUUAACUUCUAAUGCUGCAAAAAGUCUUACACCAUCCGGCGCUCAUGAACCACAAGACCCACAAUCCCUUGAGGCCAUUUCUUAGCUGAACACUCAAAGACGUCUUAUAAGCGUCUCUUAAAUUCACAACGCUACUGUAGAGUUUCUAAAUAGUCUGAAUCUCUUCACUGUAUUUUCAACAGGUACGAAAAACUAUUUUGUCUUCUUAGCUUGUCUUUAAAUGUAUUUUUAGGGAAAAAAAAAAAGAACAGUCAUAGUUUGGGUCUGUUAUUUUAAAAAAAAAUAAGGUACUUUUUUCUACCUGGCAUGUAUAGUUAUCAUAGGUAAUAAUUUAUUAAGGUAAACAAUGGAGAGAAAGAGGUGCUCACUUUUUAUUUGAAGGCGAUGUCCGUGUUAACGCUGCUAUGAUUUUCAAGCAUUUAUCAUUUCAUUUGUUACUUUUUGUCCUAACAAUCUCAUUAAUUACAUGACAAUGCUUAAAGGUCAAGGAAUAUCGUCAGUUGUUGUCGGCCAAUCAGUAACCUGAAGAAAGUCGUACAUGGAAAAGGCACAAGAAAGAAAAUGAGGAAUCGUUGGCAUGAACUGAAACGAAAGAAAUGAUACAAGUUUUGUUUUUGUAGCUUUUAGAGAAUGCUCAUUGUUUACAAAAAGUGUUGAAGAAAUGAAGCUGAUUGAAAACAAUAGCAGUGUUGAACAUGGCCAUGGUCUUAGCAAAGCGCCCCAAUUAGAGCACUCAGGUUUUUUCCUCUUUCCUCUUCUUGUGUCUUUUCUUUUUCUGACAUUUUGAACAUCUUUCCAGUUUCUACACUUGUUACCUCCGUGUUCUUUUGUUUUUUUAUUUGACAAGCUCACGCCAUACAUACACAUCCUAAGCACUGGAUAGAUAUUCUACUUUGAUUUCCUUUUUUUUUUCUGUUGUUGACUGAUGUGACGUUGUUGUUUUUAUUUUCCAAGGUCCCAUGUUGUAGAGUCUUUAGCCAUCUUUGGGAGUGACCUCUGUUAACCUCAAGCUCUUUUCAAACGUGUGCGACUCAGGAGCACCUCCUGUUUGACACAUGCACACUUUCUAUGAUGGCUGUUUUGUGCGUUUUAACAUUUCAUUGUAUUUAUUAGCCAACUGUGGCUCUAAAAAGUGUCAGUACACAUAAUACUGGUGAGAAAGACAAUCAAGAUGAAAAAAAAAAACAAUAAAUAAAUCAACAAGUGCAGAUUUUUCAUUGGCUUUUCAGACGUUUGUAUGUUUGCAUGAAAGUGUGUUGUGUGUUUGACAACUUUGCACGAGUUACUGGUGCUGCCGCGCAACUUUCUUCUUCCAUAACUGCAGACUACGGCGCCUUCUUUCCACGCUGCUAAUUAUUUCCAACACAUUAUUUCUUUUUCCAAACUGGAGCUUUUCCUUUGGAUGUUGAGAGCCUGUUACAGUAAAUGUGGCCUAUUGUUCCACUGUGUAUGUGUGUGUGUGUGUGUGUGUGUGUGUGUGUGUGUGUGUGUGUGUGUGUGUGUGUGUGUGUGUGUGUGUGUGAGGUAAUGCCACACAUAGUGACGGCGGUGUGGCGUGCACGCGGCGGUCCUGGCAUUGCGAGCGGCCGAUCCCGGCAUCUCCCGCCAUACGCAGCCACAUCGUAAAUCUAAUUGGAAUUCCCAAAUCAACUUUAGUGUCACUGCUCACUUUGUCACACUCUCUUUUAGAGUGCCACACACACUUUUUGCCUGUGGCAAACACGACUCGUUGCCUCAAAAAGAAGUGCUACAUUUUGAUCAUAUUUGCCCUAGUGUCAUUGUCUUGGCUAGGACUUUUCAUUUGACUGUGAGCAGAUUACACAACUACCUAGCAUGA